AUGAAUAUGAUGCUGAACAUAGCGAUCAUCAGCUGGUUUUUGAUGAAUGUCAUGGUGAUGGCAUCACAUCCAAACCUGAGACGUAGUGAAAACUCCUUUGCUCUAUCUGACACAGACUUACUACCUGGAGUGGAGCACCUUGAAAUAAACUCCGCAGAAGAAAAACUGCUAGAAGACCUUGGAUCCUAUGAUGAGGAUCUGGGUAAAGCUGUACAGUUGCAGAGAAGAGGCACACGUUCCCCCAGCCGCUGCAUCCCUCAUCAGCAGUCCUGCUUGGGUCAUCACCUGCCCUGCUGCAACCCCUGCGAUACGUGUUACUGUCGUUUCUUUAAGGCCUUCUGCUACUGCCGUAGCAUGGAUCACACCUGCAAACAUGAGUAUGCAUAGAGCCAAAUUCUACCCUGAAAUGACUAAUUGUGGCUUUACAU